GAGUUUCAAAUCGGAAAGCGUACGUACGCACGCCAUCACGGACGACGCAGGAGCUCGCGGCUCGCCGUUGUGCGUUUCAAUUCCCGAAUUGUGUAUCGCGUGACCGCGUUUCUCUCAAAGGGUUCCUGUCGCGGUGGCCUGCUCUUUCUUCUCGCUGUUGUAGAAUCAGGACGCGAUGCCGCACAACUUCUACUACUCCGAUAAGUACUACGACGACCAGUACGAGUACAGGCAUGUCGUUUUGCCGAAAGAACUGGUGAAACAUGUACCAAGAACUCAUCUAUUGUCCGAGCAAGAGUGGAGAGCAAUUGGAGUCCAACAGAGCCAAGGAUGGGUACACUAUAUGAUUCACGAUCCUGAGCCGCACGUUCUGCUUUUCAAGAGGAAAAUAACGACACCGCCGGAGGGAGGAAGAGGGGAGGAGAAAUAAAUCAUGCAGAGGAUUGUCGUAGAUUGUAAAUAACGAUUCAGAUCAUGUUCAUAUUAAUAGUGGAACACGCCUCGUGCGAUCGUGCUAUCUUUUUAUUUUCUUUUCUUUUUUCGUUUCGUAUUAUUUGUGUCUGUUUUCUUCUCUCACUCUUCACAGUAGUUCACCGCCUCGAAUUAUAAUCUCUCGACAAAUCCAACCCAGGAAAUCGUCAGUGGCGAACAACCGGCAGCACUGUUAAUUUCCGAUGAAAUUCCACAGAAUAGUAUGGCCAUGGUCUUUGUAUCUUUUAAUUACUUCGCUUUGCCAUUCGUAAAAAGAUGUCAAGCAAGUAUGCUGUAUAUAUUGUCUAUAGAACGUCUUAGUUCCUAAUUGUCAUAGCUGUUUCCCCCUUUUUUUGGUUUGGAACACCGAAACGCAAAGAAACGCCUCGCGAAUCGAUUGACAAAGCGAAAAGUUUCCUCUCGAAGCCCCCCCCCCCCAGUUUCCGAAUCAAAGUAAUCUCUCUUUGAAGAAUUUCAUCGAGAAAAGCUCGAGAAUCCUCGUGUAAUUACGGUGUAGGAGUUCGGUCCGUGAGUCUCACGUUUAUACGUAAAAUUAAGGCAGCUGGAGCGAUCACUCGUUUACGUUUAACGCAAAACUCACGAGCGCGACUUCACAUGCGGGGGAGGAUGCGUGAAUUCCGGGAAUUCCUCUGAUUUUUCAUCACGAUUUUAAGAGCUCGACAGCGAAAGAAGAAGCACUCGCCCUUUACUAUCUUCUCCCUCUCAAUUCGGCGUGUCUCGGUGUAUUGUAUACGAUAUACAUACGUAUGACAAGGUCUACGCGACUGUUUCUUUGCAUUAAGUUUCACUAAUGUUAUACAUUCAGUUCGGAUGAAACCCCGAGAUGCAUCGUAGGAUUACUGUAACGUAACGCGCACUUUCACGUCCGAUAAUCCGGCACGGGCACGGGCACUUGCCGUGCCCGGGCGAGUUUGGUUUGCAUUUUGUAAGAAAGAAAAGGAAACUGAUGUAUUACUUAUAAUAUUACUAUGUUAAAUAAACGUUUCCACUUAUGAGUAGU